AUGGCAUUAGAACCAAACUUUCUAAUUCCAUGGUUCUUCUUAUGCAUAGCUGCAACAAUCUCAAGCACACUUUUCUUCUUCCGCAAGAAACCUCACCUAUUCGCAUCAAAGAAGCUUCAAAAUAAGAAGAAGAAGCUUCCUCCUGGAGAAAUGGGGAUUCCAUGGAUUGGUGAAACAAUGGAGUUUUACAAAGCUCAAAAAAGCAACAGAUUGUUCGAAGAUUUCGUAAAUCCAAGGAUCAUCAAACAUGGUAACAUCUUCAAGACAAAAAUCAUGGGAUCACCAACCAUAGUAGUCAAUGGAGCUGAAGCAAAUAGGUUAAUAUUGUCUAAUGAGUUUAACUUAGUGAAGAGCUCAUGGCCUUCCUCUUCUGUUCAGCUUAUGGGCAUGAAUUGCAUCAUGGCUAAACAAGGCGAGAAGCAUCGGGUUCUUAGAGGGAUUAUAGCUAAUAACCUUGGUUACAACGGGUUAGAGUCUUUAGUACCUAAGCUUUGUGAUGCUGUUAGGUUUCACCUUGAAACCGAAUGGCGAGGCAAGGAAGAGAUUAGCCUCUACCGUUCAACAAAAGCUCUCACUUUUAGUGUAGUCUUUGAGUGUUUGUAUGGGAUCAAAGUGGAGCUUGGGAUGUUAGAGAUCUGUGAGAGGGUUUUAGAUGGAGUUUUCGCUUUGCCGGUUGAGUUUCCUUGUUCUAGGUUUGCUAGAGCGAAGAAGGCGAGGCUAGAGAUAGAGACAUUGCUGGUUGGGAAGGUAAGGGAGAAGAGAAAAGAAAUGGAAGAAGAAGUUGAGAGGCCAAACACAACGCUUUUCUCGACGCUAGUAGAAGCUUUGAUCAAAGGCGAUAUAACCGAAGAAGAGGUUGUAGAUAAUAUGGUUUUGCUAGUGUUUGCAGCUCAUGACACAACCUCUUACGCUAUGGCCAUGACUUUCAAGAUGUUAGCUCAGCACCCAACUUGCCGCGACACGCUCCUUCAAGAACAUGUUCAAAUCAAAGCAAAUAAAGGUGAAGAAGAACAUCUUACAGUGGAAGAUGUGAAGAAGAUGACGUAUAGUUGGCAAGUUGUUCGUGAAGCAAUGCGAUUAUCGCCUCCAGUCUUCGGUUCCUUCAGAAAAGCAGUUGUCGAUAUCGACUAUGGAGGAUACACAAUCCCCAAAGGCUGGAAGAUACUUUGGACAACUUACGGAACUCAUUAUAAUCCUGAAAUAUUUCAAGAUCCAAUGAGUUUUGAUCCUUCAAGGUUUGAUAAACCAAUACAAGCCUAUACAUAUCUUCCAUUUGGAGGAGGUCCAAGACUUUGUGCAGGUCAUCAACUAGCAAAAAUGAGCAUUCUCGUUUUCUUGCAUUUCGUUGUGACCCUUUACGAUUGGUCCUUAGUCUAUCCAGAUGAGACAAUCAGCAUGGAUCCUCUCCCAUUUCCAUCCCUCGGAAUGCCAAUCAGAAUUUCUCCCAAGGUGUCAUAG